AGAUCACCGGAUAAAGAAAAUGAAGACCAUGAGAAAACAUAUCCAUCAAAGAAAGUCGUGCUUCCAGCUAUGGCUGCUAUAUAUCUGGCAGUCUUCCUAGUCGCAUUGGUAUCCGUACCCGCCAUCUCGAACCAAUUCGGCAGUUUCGGAGACAUAGCUUGGUACGAAUCAGGCUUCCUACUCCCACUCUGUGCGCUCCAACUAUCGUUCGGCCUAGUGUACACAUACUAUUCAUCCAAAUGGGUCUUGAUCAUUCUCGUGUCCAUCUUCGAGAUCGGCUCGAUAGUUUGUGCCGCCGCUCCGACGUCUCAUGCCCUCAUAGUUGGAAGAGUCAUACAGGGGAUCGGCGGAGCAGGCAUCGGGUCUGGAGCAAUCAUACUUAUCAGUAUGCUUGUACCUCUACAAGCUCGACCUCAAUGGACUGGUGGCAUUGGUGCUGUCUUUGGGCUUGCAAGCAUAUUUGGACCACUUCUGGGAGGAUAUCUUACCUCGAUCACAUGGCGUUGGUGCUUCUGGAUCAACGUGCCGAUCGGUGGUAUUUCGUUGGCAUGCCUUGUCUUCUUCACGCCUAACAGUCCGCCUGCAAUCAAGGCUGCUCCGACUUGGCGUGGAAAACUCGAUCAGCUGGAUCCAGUAGGCUUCCUGCUCAUAGCACCUUCGGUCAUCUGCCUGCUCUUCGCUAUCGAGUGGGGUGGCUCAAAGUAUCCUUGGAACAGUGGUCGCGUCAUAGCCUUGUUCGUCGUCUUCGGUGCCCUCCUCCUCGCAUUCAUUGCUUAUCAAGCCUGGCGCGGAGACAAAGCUACCUUACCUCCAAGAAUCCUUCGACAACGCAGCAUCAUCUCUGCAUCUUUGGCGAACGUGGGUAUUGGAUCCGUGCUCGUUUUGUAUGCAUUCUAUCUGCCCAUCUGGUUCCAGGUCGUCCAAGGAAAGUCGCCGCAAAAAUCCGGCUUGUCGCUGCUGCCGCUCCUGCUCAGCAACGUACUUGCGGUGAUAAUGACUGGCAUUGCAACGAGCAUUGUUGGAUACUAUACGCCCUUUCUAAUUGUCGGAGGUGGCGUUCUUAUCGUGGGGUCGGCACUACUUACGACAUGGUCCGUGAAUAUCAGCGCAGGGAUAUGGAUCGGCUACCAGAUCGUCACUGGCGUAGGGCUAGGCGCAAGCCUGCAAGGUCCAAAUAUUGCAGCUCAGACGGUCCUUGCAGACAGCGAUGUGGCUAUUGGGUUGUCUUUUCUGCAAUAUAUCAGUUUCUUUGCGGGCAGCACGUUCAUCACUGUCUCGCAAACACUCCUCGAGAACGAUCUGGCCUCUGGACUGAAACAAAUUCUUCCCGACUUCGAUCCGAGUACCAUUUCGGGUGGAGGUGCAAACACUGUUCGAGACAUGGUGUCUGCAGAUCAACUCCCUGUCGUGCUCAGAGUGUACAAUGACUCACUCAGGUCAGUGUGGUACUUGGGCUUAGGGCUGUCAUGUCUUGUGUUUGUGGCAUCCUGGGGCUUUGAGUGGAGAAGCGUCAAGGCGAAGAAAAGCGACGAUGAAAAUGCCAAAGCUUGA